CAAUUGGACGUGCAGCAAACAAAACACAACGCAUUUAAAUUUAUUAUUUUUUUUUUGCACAAAACUUUAACACACUUGUUGUACCUCAAGCAGGGCCAAGGAGUUGGCAAAGCAGUGCGAACAGUAGAAGCAGCAGCAACAGCCGCAAAGCGCAAGGCACGCCGUAGUGCAGAACAUUACGCCGUACACUUGUUUCAUUUGUUUUUUUUUUCUGUGCUCUUGUUGCUGUUGUUUGAAGUGCCGUUAACAGACUUUUGAUUGAAAUUGAUUAAAACGCGAGUGUUCAAUUUAUUACAAUUGAUCUUCAUAAUAAUUAAUAAGCAUUAGCAGUUAAAGUGUGUCAGUGACAAAACAAUAAUUAAAUCUGCAGCGCAUUUUCAGUUCUAAAAAAGAAGCUACAAAAUGAUUCCGAUAAUGCAAAAGCUGAGCGGCUUCUACAACACUUACGUGUUGGCCAUCUUGACCAUUGGCUAUAUUCUGGGCGAGCUGGGCCACUAUCUGAUCGGCGUGACCUCCAAGCAGACGGCCAUUGAGCUGGACUAUGGCGACAUCGCCUGCCAGCAGAACAACAGCAUGUUCAAGCGCCAUGAGCUGAGCACCCAGUGCGCGGAUAUGAGCGAUGAGAGCAGCUGCUACACGCUGGCGAUGAACGGCAGUGGCUACUGUGAGUGGAACUACAAUGGCUUGGGCAUAGACUAUCAGAUACUGGCGGGUCCGACGUUCAUUCUGGUCUUCACCAUCGCCGGCGUCUUCAUGGGCUUUGCUGCUGACAAAUAUAAUCGCGUCAAGAUGCUGACUGUCUGCACUGUAAUCUUUGGCAUUGCCAUUGUGCUCCAGGGCACGGUGAAGGAGUAUUGGCAUUUGGUGGUGCUGCGCAUGAUUAUGGCAGCGGGUGAGUCCGGCUGCAAUCCGCUGGCCACUGGCAUUAUGUCCGACAUCUUUCCGGAGAGCAAGCGCGCCUUGGUUAUGGCCAUUUUCAAUUGGGGCAUCUAUGGCGGCUAUGGCAUUGCCUUUCCCGUCGGACGUUACAUCACCAAGGCGAACUUCUUUGACAUGGGCUGGCGUGUCUGUUAUCUUGGAGCGGGCGUGCUCACAAUUAUUGUCGCUGGACUGACGGGCACGACGCUGCGUGAACCGGAGCGCAAGUCCAUUGCGGACGAUCGCACCACGGCCAGUGGCAAGCCCAUUUCGCUGUGGCAGGUCAUCAAGAAUCCGGCCAUGAUUAUGUUGAUGAUUGCCGCCUCCAUUCGCCAUUGCGGUGGCAUGACCUUUGCCUAUAAUGCGGAUCUCUACUACAACAAUUACUUUCCCGAUGUGGAUUUGGGCUGGUGGCUCUUCGGUGUCACCAUCGGCAUUGGCAGCGUCGGCGUCGUCAUUGGUGGUGUCGUCUCCGACAAGAUUGUUGCCAAAAUGGGCAUCAGAUCGCGUGCAUUUGUCCUCGCCUUGAGUCAAUUGAUUGCCACUCUGCCUGCCUUUGGCUCCGUCUACUUUGAUCCCAUGUGGGCCAUGAUUACGCUUGGACUAAGCUACUUCUUUGCCGAGAUGUGGUUCGGCAUUGUGUUCGCCAUUGUUGUCGAGAUUGUGCCGCUGCGUGUUCGCUCCUCCACCAUUGGCGUCUUCCUGUUUGUGAUGAACAACAUUGGCGGCAAUUUGCCCAUUCUCGUGGAUCCGGUGGCCAAGGAGCUCGGCUAUCGCGGCUCCCUUAUGAUCUUCUACGCUGGCUUCUAUGGCAUCAGUUCCAUUCUCUUCUUCAUCACCUGCUUCCUGCUGGAGGGCAAGCCUAAGGAGCAAGUCAUGGAUACGCAGCAGGAAUCGCAGAAGGGCUAUCCAGAUGCUGUGCUCAAUGCGCGUCCCAUGCAUGGCCAUGACAACGCUGUCUUCAGUGUGGACGAGACGAUGCCGCCCCAGGCGGCCAAUGGUCGUCCCGCUCAGCUGCCGCAGCAUCUGCAGUUGUCCCACAAUGGUUAUGACAAGUCACAGCGUCAUAAUGGCGCCGAGAGCAGCAGACUGUAGACAGAUUUAAACAUUAUUUAAAUAUUCUCUUGACGAAAAAGUGCUUUCUUUUUUAUAUAUUAUUAUUAUUUUAAAUCGAUUUUAUAUUUGUAUUAUGUGUGUUUUUUUUUCUAAACUAAAUUAAAUAAGAGUUUAGUGUACAAGUUAGCGUUAAGGCCUGGAACGCACUCACAUUAUACCCAUGUUACCAACUCUCCAUACAUUAAAUACUUAGCGUCUACUUUAACUCUUAAGUUAAAUAUUAUAUUUUAUCGUGAAUAAAAACUGUUUUGUUA